AUGGAAGCAAUUGCGAAGACGCCGGCUCUGGCGAGCCCGAAACUUAUCAAGAAUGCGAAGGGUGCCGUUGUUCCUAGUAGUCAGAUGGCGCAUAUUGCGUAUGGCUGCGAGCACAUGCGCACCAUGAUCGAGAAUGCCCGCAAGCCGACGUUCGGGCAUUACCGCGGGAUAUUGCAGAAGAUAUACGAGGAACCGAGCGUAAUCGCGCAAACGUACAAUAGCAAGGCAGACGGCCUGUCCUUGAUUUCGUUGCGCCCGCUGUAUCUGUGUCUACAAUGUCCGAACAUCAUGACGGAGACGGAUCGCGACGAGCAUAUUGAUUCUAAGCGACAUAUAUUCUCGGUGGAGUCGCGGAGCGGGAACGUUUACUGCGGCGACUGCCAGGACUUCAUCUACGAUCCGGAUCUAGAGGAGCGAAGGUUGCAGAAGGGAAAGAAGCGCAAGUACGAAGACACGACCACCACCGAGGAACACAAGCUAGUGCUGAACAACUCCACCUUCCUACCCUGCCGCGCGAUAGGCCUCCGUGGUCUUUACAACAUGGGCCAGACCUGCUUCAUGAGUGUCAUAUUGCAGACGUUAAUACACAACCCUUUCAUACGGAAUUUCUACCUCUCUGAAGGACACAAGACGGUGGAUUGCGAGCGGGAGUCAUGUGUGAGCUGCGCUCUGGACGAGAUGUUCGUUGAGUUCCACUCAGUCGAAAAGACGGAAGGCUUUGGUGCCGUCAACAUGCUCAUGGGCAGUUGGCUUGCCGGAGAGGCGCUAGCAGGAUACCAACAGCAAGACGCACAUGAGUACAUGCAAUUCAUGCUCAACACACUACACCUCCAGAAUGGAGGCUCCACCGACUCGGAAGACUGCGACUGCAUCGUGCACCAAACCUUCUACGGCCGGCUCUCUAGCACCGUGACAUGCGACAAUUGCCGAAACACAACCACCGCGCUAGAUCCAUACAUGGACCUCAGUCUCGACAUACGGAAUCUUCCCAAGAAAAAGAAGUCCGAGGCCGCUAAUUCCGACGAGAAGUCAAUCGCAUUGCAAAGCUGCCUGGACCGUUUCACAGGGCGUGAGAAGCUCGGCGCUGCAGAAUACACCUGUCAGAAUUGCGACAGCGGGCAGAACGCCACGAAGCAGCUAAGCAUCAAGCAGCUCCCGCCUGUGCUGCCUAUCCAUCUCAAGCGCUUCGAGCACGCCAAAUCCACAUCCACAAAAAUCGAAACCAAAAUAUCCUUCCCGCUCUCCCUCGACUUGUACCCCUACACGACAGAGUAUCGCUCCAAAGCGCCCCCGAAAAACGUCGCCCCGCCCAAUACAAAUCACAACAUCAACUCUCCCGCCAAUACCCUGAUAUAUGAGCUGUCCAGCGUCGUUGUUCAUAAGGGGAAGAUCGAUUCAGGGCACUAUAUCAGCUAUUCGAGGGAGGGGGAUGAUUGGUUCAUGUUUGAUGAUAGUAAGGUUGUACUGGCGAGUGAGAAGGAAGUGCUCGGCGCGGAGGCGUAUCUGUUGUUUUACAUGGUGCAAGCGCUGGAACUGUAG